AAAAGCAGAGUUCCCCGAGGAGGGUCUCUGGCAGCAGCUGGAGCUUGUGAUGCUCUCACUGACACUGUGACCAGAUCCCUGCUGGAACCACACCAUGGUCGGGGGCAAGAAGCUAAAGGUCACCCUUGUUUUCAGCCUGCCACUCGUUUUUCAGUUCUGUGCCGGGGACAACGUCACCGACGACUACGACUCCAACAGCACCAUCGACUACAACCUGUUCGAGACCCUGUGUGAGAAGAAGGAGGUGCGUUCGUUCCGCGCCGCCUUCCUCCCGGCCAUGUACAGCCUCAUCUGCUUCACGGGGCUGCUGGGCAACGGGCUGGUGAUGCUCACCUACAUCUACUUCAAGAGGCUGAAGACCAUGACGGACAUCUACCUGCUGAACCUGGCUCUGGCAGACAUCCUCUUCCUGCUGACCCUGCCCUUCUGGGCCGCGAGCGCGGCCACGCACUGGCUUUUCGGGAAGUUUGCCUGCAAGGCCGUUUACUGCAUCUGCAAAAUGAGUUUUUUCAGUGGGAUGCUGCUCCUGCUGUCCAUCAGCAUCGACAGGUACUUCGCCAUCGUCCAGGCGGCCUCGGCCCACCGCCUGCGGCCCCGCAUGAUAUUCAUCAGCAAGGUGACGUGCGUCAUCAUCUGGCUCCUGGCCUUCAUCCUCUCCACCCCCGAGCUGGUUCACAGCGGUGUGAACAACCUGGAGACCCACCCUCGUUGUUCCAUCAUCGCUCAUGACCUGCAGACCUUCAACACUGGCAUCAAAGUGUCGCAAAUGGUGUUCGGCUUCUUAAUUCCCCUGCUGGUCAUGUCUUUCUGUUACCUCGUCAUCAUCAGAACGUUGCUCCAGGCCCGCAACUUUGAGAAGAACAAAGCCAUCAAGGUCAUCAUCGCUGUGGUCAUUGUCUUCGUCGUCUUCCAGCUGCCCUACAAUGGUGUCAUGCUGGCCAAGACCAUCUCGGCCUUCAACCAGACCAGCUCGUGUGAGGAGAGCAAGAAGCUGGACGUGGCGGAUGACGUGACCUACACCCUGGCGUGCUUCCGGUGCUGCCUCAACCCCUUCCUCUACGCCUUCAUCGGCGUCAAAUUCCGCACCGACCUCUUCAAGCUGCUGAAGGAGCUGGGCUGCCUGAGCCAGGAGCGCCUCUGGCAGCUCACCAGCUGCCGCGAGAGCAAGAGGUCCUCCUUCGCCAUGGAGACAGAGACAACCACCACCUUCUCCCCGUGAGCCGAGCCCCAGGCGCGCUGGGGCCGAGCUGGAAUGGUUCUGAACACUUCCUCUGUUCUGAACUCCCGGCAGAGCAAAGCCUGCCAAACUGCAGGGAAGGCAAGAGGAAAACCCAGGAGCCUCCCCCUGGGGAGAAAAUCCAAUAGAAUUGUCACUAAGAGCAAAGCAAGGGAGAGGUGGUGAGUGUACAGUUUCUCCUGCCAUUUCACCUUUAGUUUAGUCUUUCCCAGUCAAAAUCAGAAAUGCCCAAAAUAGAACAUUUUCCCUAAAAGCAACAAAUACCCAGAGAAACAGACACUGGUGCAGCAGAAAUGUUUGGUUUGGAGCUGAGCUUCCAGGAGCAUCACCCUUGCUUUGGAUGUCACUUUUAACAAGACAACCUGUUGCUCUGGAGCCCUACAGAAAUGCCCCUUGCACUGAGUCAGUCCAAGACAAACCAGCACCCACAGCCUUUGCCUCACCCUCGAUCCAACACACAACACCAGCUCUGGAGCACCCGAGCACAUGGCUGUACUCUGCCUUCCCCCAUCAGAAGCCAGAAAUGUCUAUAACUAAUAACAAAUCCAUACAAAUUAUAGCCACAAUUCCAAUUACUUUGUACAACACUGUGGCCACUCGUAGGUUUGUCGGGAAAAGUACAAAUUCCACUUCACUUCUGCCUGUAUCCUCUUUCUGUGCUAUCACCUGCUGGCUUCAAGAGACAAACAUGAGGGUGGGUUUUCUCCUUCCCCUCCCAACCAAUGUGUCCUUCUAGCAGGACUUCAGCUGCCUUUGAGGUCAGAUCUGUGUUUCACUCAUAAGCUACUGGGACGUGUUUUCCCUCGGUGCUGUCGGCACCAACUAAGACGCCGCUCGCCGGGGUUUGAUCUAAACGCAAAGGACAGUCAUGUGUGGAAAAUCCCUGCCAGGGCCACGGCAGCUGAACAGCAGAUUGCCAUGGAAAGUCUGUCAUGGAAAGUCAGACCUUGGAAGAGGCCGGGCUGUAAUUCCAGUUGGCGCUUUCACGGGAAGAGCGAAGAUUCCUGCUGACAGAUGACCACCCUGGGAAGCGCCGCCGUGGGACAGCUGCACGUCAGGGGGAGCUGCUGCAGGGCCUGUGCAGCUGUUCCUGCCCUUGUCCCGGGGGCUCUGAUCCCACAGCUCUCCCACAGCCACUGGAGAGAGCUCUCAGCCAGGAGCCUCUCCCAGGGCUGGCAGGGGAAGCCUGUCCACGUUCCCCUGGACACACAGAGCCUUGUGCAGCAAAACACUCACUAAACAGACAUUCAUCCUCCUUUUCAACACACGGAUCCAUCGGCAGUGACACAGGGAACUCCGUGGAUUGCAGGUUGGAAAGCAUUGCCUUAGGGACACGGGGACUAAAAUCAGCCUUACAGACCUGCCUGCCACCAUAACUAAAUCAAUUCUUCACAAACCAUUUGGGUCUGGGGUAUGGCAUUUUGCCAGGGGCUGGGAUUUGGGAAGAAAGGAUGUUCUGCUCCCUGUUACCUGUCUGUGCUGAACUGCUGAACUCCUUUUCUUUUACAAUGCUCAGGUGACUGCACAGAAGUGCUGCUUCUCUGUCACAUGGAGCAGGGGGUGACAGCUGACACUGAACAGUCAUUUGUCCUUGGUUUGUUCCUUGUCCUCACUCGAGCAAGGCACAGCUCCUGAGAGCUUGGCCAGAGCAAGGGACACGCCCAGCACAGGGGCUUUGCAGUUUUCCUCAUCAGUAACAAUAAAUUCUUAACGAAUAUUCAAUAUGUAAAGCUGCUUUACACAGACAAAGCUCAAUCUGUUCAUGAAUGUACCCUGAGAACACACUGCUGCCACAGAACCUUUCAUGCAGAAUCCAUUCACCCUGUUCCAGCGAGGAAACUGCUCCACCAGCACAGGGAGCUGGACUUGUCUCCUGUUGACAAAAGCCAUUCCCCUCCUGCAAAUGGAGAGGUCUCCAGGUCUUUAUGGGCCACAGGACAACAUGCAGCUGCUUCCAUAAAAGAGAUCCAAGGGCAUCAUGUGGGACAGCUGGUGCCUCAGUGAGGCAGUGGCAAUGCCAGUGAGCAGCUUUCCUUGUUUAAAUUUAAUGGACAGAACAAAUUUGCAUCUGAUUUAGAUGAGUCACGUUAACAUCGGCCUAAGAUCCCAACUCGAGGC